UGUGUCACGCGCUUCGUCGUCCGGCGGUUGCGGCGCGCGUCUCGUCCAGAUUUCCCGUUAUCGCCGCGUUUUUCGUUCGUUUUUGACCAUCCAUUGAUCAUUGUUUUUCGUUUUCUCCGUUUCGGAAUAAGUGUUCAUCGGUUCUGUGCUUGUUCGUCGAUCGUCGUCGUCGUUUUUCUCGGGUUACAAUAAUGGCCCGUUUCGCAAUCCGAAUCGGUAAACGCUGCGUCCACGUUCCGACGAAAUAGUUAUCGCGCGCGCGAGUGUGUCUGUGUACCUGUGUGAGUGUGCGUGUGCGUGUGCGUGAUCAAGCGGCAACACGGAAGACGGCAGUCCCAAGAAAAAAAAACACAUGUGUAGAACUUACCUCCACUAUGUCCAAUGGGUUUCCGAUCAGUGGAGUAUUCUUAUUGUUCAUGGUUAAACUUAAAAAAUAACAUAACGGACGUAUUUUCCGAUAUCGAUUCGCAUCGAUGCGAUAAAACGGAUUGUUUUGUGGUUCAAAAAUGAUCGUGUGGGCAGGUCGGCGGAAUACAAUGCAGUGGAUUGUGGUUCUUGCGUUAUUGUUUGUACAUCGGCUGGAGCCGACCGAUUCGUUUAGUUACCAUGAAUGCAACAAUCCGUUGGGGAUGGAGUCUGGUAAAAUAUCAGAUUCAGAUCUAACAUCUAGCUCUUCUUACGAUUAUGGAACAGGGCCACAUAGGGGCAGGCUGAAAUGGGAAGGCAACGGAGGUGCGUGGUGUCCAAAAGGUUCUAUAUCCAACGAUGGCCAUCAGUAUCUGGAGGUAAACUUGCAAGGGUUGCACGCAGUGACGGCCAUCAAGACUCAGGGUCGGUAUGGUAACGGGUCUGGUAAAGAGUUCGUUGAGGAAAUAAUGAUCGAAUAUUGGAGACCAGGUUCCAACAAAUGGAUACGUUGGAAAGGCAGGGAUGGCAAACAGGUUUUGCAAGCCAACAGAGAUACGAACACGAUAGUAGACCGACCUUUGGUGCCGGCUAUUAUUGCGUCCAAAAUCCGUUUGGUGCCUUACAGCGGACAACCGCGUACGGGUUGCCUUCGAGCUGAGAUCAUCGGUUGUUAUCAUUACGAAGGCGUAAUCAGUUACUCGGUAAUACAGGGUGACAUUAAAGACGCAGGUUACGACGGCAGAGAAGAAGGCGGCAUAUUGGUCGGCGGCGUUGGCCAACUCUGCGAUGGUCGGCACGGGGUCGACGAACCAUUCGUGAAAAAACACAACGAAUGGGUUGGAUGGAAAAACGACACGAUGGGCUACGGGUCGUCGGUGGAAAUGACUUUCGAGUUCGAUGUCGUCAGGAAUUUCACCGCAUUGUACGUGUAUUCGAACAACGACUUCCAUCAAAGCGUACAAGUUUUUUCGCAUGCCAAAGCCUAUUUCAGUGUUGGUGGUGAACACUUUUUCCCAGAACCCGUGUCGUACACUUAUCCUGCGGACACAAUUAUGCCCGAGGCCAGGAACAUAACGAUAAAACUGCACCACCGAAUGGGCAGGUUCCUGAAGCUGCAACUGUUUUUCGCCAACAAAUGGAUGAUGAUAAGCGAAAUAUCGUUCGAAUCUGUCGUGUUGCCUGGAGAGUGGCCUCCGGAGGAAGCAGAGGAGCCGAUUUUCUUCCCAAAUGAUAAUAGUGUCAAGUCAAAUAACGGUGGUAACGAAUUACAAAGGGACGAAGUUAAAUCAGCGGACCAUAAAGAAGAGCGAAACACACCUGUUGGAGGUAUGCCGCAGCACACGAAGAACAGAGAGACCGGUCAAAUCAGUGGCGGCCGCCGUCUGAUUGGCCUGCUGGUGGGAGCGCUGUCAGCUAUCACCGUGCUGGCCGGCGCAUCAGUGGCGUUCCUCGUCGUCCGCCGGCGACGCCUGAUCCGGCAAGUGUCCCGUCGGAGUCGCAGUACGUCGUUCCAAGAGUGCACGGCCGACAAACCGCACUUACCGCCGGCCAUACACCUGACGGAGCUACCGGUCCGGGUGAACGCCAACGGGCACGUGUACGGUCAAGUGGACUUGGACGAAGACUCGGACAAGAGCAACAGCAAUUACCACAGGCCGUACGGGGUUGCGCGCAGACCUUCGGUGCUCCUGAGCCCCGAUUACACGGAUGUACGAGAUAUCGUCACUCAAGAGGAAUACGCAAUACCGCACAUUCACCGGUCGUCGUCCAAAACGUUGAAAAGUCAGCCGUCCAUACACGAUGACACUUUAUCACAUCACCAGACGCUGGAGAAGUAUUAUGCCGCAUCAGAUAUCUGUCAGAUAAACGUUCCGCCGCCGCCUCGAUCGCCACCACCCACGUCUUCCAGAUCGAGCAGCAGCCGAGGUGGAGGAGCCAGUAACGCUUCCACGUGUCCACUGACUCGGUCCGACGACACCCUGUGUCAGUUACCGCCGGAGAUCCCCAGGGAUUAUCUAGAGAUCGUCCAAACGCUAACCAAGACACACUACGGCGAGGUCCAUUUGUGCGAGAUGAAAACGUUACCCGACGAGAUUCUGCAACCUUCGACGCCAACUGUUAAGACGUGCAAAAUGGUCACAGUAAAGUCGUUGCGGAAAGGCGUGUCCGAAGUUACCAAACAUGAUUUUUACGACGAAGUAGAAUCGCUAUGGAAAAUCAGAGAUCCAAACAUCACUAAAGUCCUUGGAUGUUGUCUCUCGGAAGAACCAUUCUGCUUAAUAACCGAAUUCAUGCAGCACGGCGACCUCAAUCAGUUUCUUCAAGAGCACAUCGCCCUGACCGCAACGCCGAUUCCACCAUACGCAAAAACUCUGAGUUACGGAUGCCUCAUACACAUGGCCACCCAAAUAGCAUCAGGUAUGAAAUACUUGGAAGUCAUCAAUUUUGUUCACCGAGACUUAGCGACAAGAAACUGUCUGGUCGGUCCCAAUUACACGGUCAAAGUGUCCAACAUGAGUCUGAGUAAAAGUGUCUAUUCAGCCGACUAUUUCGACUUCGAGGGAAGACCUUCGCUGCCGAUCCGCUGGAUGUCGUGGGAGAGCAUAUUGUUGAACAAGUACACGCCGAGAAGUGACGUUUGGUCGUUCGCUGUCACGCUGUGGGAAAUACUGACGUUCGCCCGGGAACAACCGUACGAAGAACUUAGCGACCAACACGUAAUUGACAACGUCACUAGACUGUAUCAAAACGAUGGCAACUUUAUCCUGUUGCCACAGCCUAUCAAUUGUCCGAAAGAAAUUUACGACCUCAUGUGCGAGUGUUGGCAGCGAGACGAUAAAAGUCGUCCGAACUUCCGGGAAAUACAAUUAUUUUUACAGCGAAAAAAUUUGGGUUAUAAACCCGAAUGCGACCCUUAAAACAUAAGCCUACGGAUUCGUGUUUGCUUAAAGCUCCGUUGUGCCAUACAUAUUUUAUACUACCUGUGUACUUGAAUAUUCCGAGCUCGUGAAUCGUCCCGUUUUUAUACAUGUAUUUUUUUUUUCUACGCGCAUAUAUUUAUAUUAUAUCGGUAUUGUAUUUUAACGUGUACAUAAUAUUUUGUUACGAAUCGUACGUCCCUACGACGGCGAAAAAUAAUAUUUUUGCCAACAUUUUUUUUUUUUUUUCGUUAUCUGAAUAAUAAUAUGUAUUUUAAGUUUUACGUUUAAUUUUCAAACAUUAUCGUUCCGAAUAUCGCUUCCUGCAAGCAUAUUGGUUGGGCAUGAUAGUGAGAUUAAAAUACGUCGAUCUUCAAACUUAUUACUAAACUGUAAUACAUAUUCCACUAAAACGGUAUAUGUAACAUACUCAUGUGUUUCCGUGUGUAUGUGUGUUUCCAUGUGUUUCCGUGUAUGUGUGUGUGUGUGUGUGUGUGUGUGUGUGUUAAAUGUUGUUUAGUUUGGGAUCACCUUGAAGUAUUAUGAUUAACGUGUACGGUUUAAACAUAUCUUACGAUAGACUAUACCCAUUUUUCACUCGAUAAAUAGAAUCGAUUGACCGUUCGCGCAUCCGUCGAAACUCGUAACAAUAUUGUAAUAUAUUGUUUCCGGAAUAACAAUAACAAUAUAUAUAUAGGUACCUAUCCCGUAAGAGUUAAUUACCGUGUUGUGUAAAUAUUAUUAUUAUAUAGAAAUUCUAAUUAACGUAUCAACGUACAUUUAUGAUUCAACGAUGUGUAUACUACUCGUAUUAUGAACUAGUGUUGUUAUUAAUGAUGUUAGUUCGAUCCUUGGAUCUGCACUCUAUUAUCAUAUGUUAACAUAGUAUACGUAGUGUAGGUAGUAGUCACCAAACACGUGUUUAGAGAAUUAGACAUUUUUUCUCGUGAAAUAAAGUAAAAUGGAAUUUGUUCAAAAUUAUCAUUGCGGCGGAAAUUAUGAAACAGUUAAUUUAUUUUUUAAACGAAAAAGAAAAGCGUAAAACAAAACAGUAUGUUGAUCUUUACGGUUAAUUCAUUUUUUUAUUUUUUUCGCAACACAUUAUUACCUCUACAUCGAUUUCGUUAGCGUAUAUCAUUAUAUAGGUGUACCUUUUAAUGUUACAUGAAAAUUCUGGAUUCUUCAACUUUGUGAGGUGACUUUAUACCCAGUAAAAAUUUUAUAUUUACUAAUUUAAGGUAGAUUUAAAAUUAUAAAAUAUAACUGUUAAAUUGUUUUAAUC